AUGCAAAAAAUUUUCUGCAUAAGAAGGUUAUCGAGCUGCAUCGUCGUAGCUUGGAUGCUUGGGCCACAGUUCGGAAUAAAGUUUUGUAAGACAUAUUUGCCGCUAUUUAAAGAGAAUUAAUUCAGGUUGGAUCAUGUCUUCGCCAAUGUCAGUUCUAAAACCACACAAAAGAUUCCAGCCAACUCCUCGAAGAAGCUCAGAUGACCCCUUCAAGCUGCCCGAACUGAGCGAAAGGAGCCGUCGAUUAUACGGGCGAAACUAUCAUUCAGGAGCCGAAGCAUUCAACUUCGCUUCCAUGAACUCAUCAAAUGAUGUUGAAAUGCCUAAUUUGUUGUGCGAUUACACGACAGUCGACAUCGAAAAUAGACAGAAUACUCCUGAUAACCUCGACAGGUUUAUAGCUGAUUUUGUUCAUAAGGAUGGUCAGAAUAGCAGGAAAAAUAGUAAAGCUUCACCUCGAAAUAAAGUGUCACCGAGAAAUAAAUUAACAGGGGCUGGAUACAGUCCGUCCGCGCCUGAUGUUGCCCUUAUGACUUCCAUGGCCUCGCGAUUACGUCAAGUUGAAGGACAAUUGCAAGAGUACUCUCGUGAAAUCAUCGAAAAGGACCUGAAAAUAAAGCAGCUUCAAGAGCGAUUAAAUCAAUCAGAACUUGAGUUGAACAAAGUGAACGAAGUUUAUUCGAAAACAAAUGUAGGAGUGGUUCAGAAACGGUGCGAGGAACUGCAGAAGCAAGUGGAUGAAAUGGAGAGUUUUCUGGAAGACUACGGAAUGAUUUGGGUUGGGGAUUCGAACAACGCCAAAUAUAAUUCCAGAGAGUCACUAAACGAGGAUGAUGGUGACACUGGAGAAGAUUGGAUCCCAGGGGAGUCUGUGGAUAUUGUUGAUAGAGUCCCCUUUAACGAACUCAUCAAAGGAGUGAAAGAUUUGAAUGUUCUAGUUGGUGAAGGAAUUGCCCGAGUGUCGCAAACAAAAACAGGAGCGACUUUCAAAAUUCCAGAUCCUAUAAAUCUGGAAUUUUACACUGAUGGUUUUAUUCUAUUUGAUGGUCCCUUCAGAAUGUAUAGCGACGACUUUUCCAAAGAAUUCAUUAGAGAUAUCUUGGACGGAUUUUUUCCUUCAGAACUACGCGAGAGAUAUCCGGAUGGUAUCCCGUUUGCUGUCAAGGACAAAAGAGACGUAAUGUUUUUGGAAAAGGAAAGCCCCAAGCAAAGCUUCCCAGGUUCAGGUCACAAACUUUUGCAGGAGUUGGAAUCAAGAGUAGUAAGGUCUGGAUCAGCUCAUGGAAACAAGGGAGAAAGCUCGAAAGAGUUCACUCGGAAACUGCCUCUGUCUGUUGUGAAAAAUGGGAAAGUUAUCGAUAUAAGAAAUGAUAUCGAAGCACAACUGACUCAAAAUGAUAACGCAAAUGAUGGGUCCUCAAAUAAAGAAUCAUCUGAUAAUCGCAGCGGUGUUUCAGUCUUAGCCACGAAGUUCAUGAAAGAAGUAUAUAAGCUAGAUCCGAAAGGCGAGGAUACGUCUAAAGUGGACCCCGAAAUUCUCAAGAAAGUUUCGACGCUCCGAAUCAGGUCAGCAGCCGGAGAUAAUUUCUACAUAGCGAAAAUGUAUCACGACGAAACCAUUGGCGACAUACGGAACUAUAUUCAUGCAAUGAUGUCAGAUGCAAAAGUAUAUGACCUUGAAAUUAUUACUACAUACCCCCGAAAAGUUGUUCACUCGGAUAACACUCAGACUAUAGCAGAUGCAGGGUUGGUUCCAACUGCUGUGCUGGUUUUGAAAGAGCCGAAAAACUAAAAACAAAUUUCUGUGAAUAUCUAGCUUAAAGUGUACAAAUUGUGUAAAUUGUAAUUACUCAAGUUUUGAUUUAGUUAUAAUGAAAAUUCAUAUG